AUGGUUGUUUCCGACAGAUUCAAUGAGCUUCUCGAAAAGAUUCUUGUGGAACACGAAAAGAAACUGGACGAGCAUCAUCAUCAAGGUAUGGACUUAAUGGACGCGUUGUUGGUAGCUCACCGAAAUGAAAAAGCAGAGCAUAAGAUCACAAGGAACCAUAUCAAGUCUGUUAUCGCGGAUCUUUUAUUUGCAGGCACUGAUAACUCGGUGAAAACAACACAGUGGGCAAUGGGGGAGAUCAUUAACAACCCUAACGUUCUUGAGAGACUGAGAGGAGAAAUAGAUUGCGUGGUGGGAAAAACAAGGUUGAUUCAAGAAACAGAUCAACAAAACCUGCCUUGUUUGCAAGCUGUGGUAAAGGAAACGAUAAGACUGCACCCGCCGGGUCCUUUCUUUGUAAGGUUCUCAAAAGAAGGGUGUAAUAUCAGAGGGUUUUACGUACCGGAGGAGACAUCACUUGUUGUUAACGCUUAUGCUGUGAUGAGAGAUCCUGAAACUUGGGAAGAUCCACUUGUGUUUAAGCCAGAGAGGUUUUUAGCUUCAAGAACAGAGAAAGAGGAGGAGAGAAGAGAGAAAGAUCUUUUAUUUGCAGGCACUGAUAACUCGGUGAAAACAACACAGUGGGCAAUGGGGGAGAUCAUUAACAACCCUAACGUUCUUGAGAGACUGAGAGGAGAAAUAGAUUGCGUGGUGGGAAAAACAAGGUUGAUUCAAGAAACAGAUCAACAAAACCUGCCUUGUUUGCAAGCUGUGGUAAAGGAAACGAUAAGACUGCACCCGCCGGGUCCUUUCUUUGUAAGGUUCUCAAAAGAAGGGUGUAAUAUCAGAGGGUUUUACGUACCGGAGGAGACAUCACUUGUUGUUAACGCUUAUGCUGUGAUGAGAGAUCCUGAAACUUGGGAAGAUCCACUUGUGUUUAAGCCAGAGAGGUUUUUAGCUUCAAGAACAGAGAAAGAGGAGGAGAGAAGAGAGAAAGCAAUCAAGUACAUUCCUUUUGGAAGCGGGAGAAGAAGCUGUCCUGGAGAAAAUCUAGCUUAUGUCAUUGUGGGAACUGCAAUUGGAGUAAUGGUGCAAGGGUUUGAGUGGAGGAGAAUCAAAGAUGAGAAGAAGAUUAACAUGGAAGAGGCUGUUGUAGGACUGAGCUUGACCAUGGUUCAUCCUCUUAAGAUCACUCCUGUUUCUCGAACCUCAAACCCUUUAACUUUUUGA